UUUUUAUGUAUUAAUUAGCUACCCACAGGUGAUUUGCACAUAGAAAACCAAAAUAUUUAAAUUUUGAUAUGUUUAUGUAUUAAUUAGCUACCCACAGGUAGGCUAUUGACAUAAAACAUGAUCAAUAAUUUAUUAGAAUGUUUGUAUGUGAGUUAAUUAGGUAUAUUCACAGAUAACUUAAUUGAUCUGAUACAGCAUUCGAGAAAAGUCUUUGAAAGCUAUGACCUUAAGAUAUAUAAUAAUGACUACCCACAGGAGCAUUAAAAUUUGAAGUCAUAUGCAUUCAAUAAUUUUUUUUAUUAAUGUGUUGUUUAAAUUUUGAACCUCAAUUAAAGCUUGUUAUAUCUCUAAAUCGCAGCGUUAUUUCCUACUAAUUUGCCAUCUAUGGUCUCUACUGUUCCGAUCCUCACAGGAACCAACUUCUCAUAAUGGAAAGAGAAAGGUGAGUUCAUAUUAGGAGUACUAGAUAUGGAUUUGGCACUUUGUGAAGAAGAGCCAGAUCCCUUAAAUGUAAUUAGUACUGAGGAAGAAAAUGCCCUCCAUAAAGCAUGGGAGAAAGCGAACAGAUUAAGCAUGAUGUUUUAAAAAAUGACCAUAGCUAGCAACAUCAAAACUUCCCUUCCAUAUGCAGAUAAAGCUAUAGAUUAUCUAGCAGCUAUAGAAGAACGGUUUAAGACUGCAGACAAAUCCCUUGCAGGGAAACUUAUGGCAGAUCUUACAACCAUUAAGUAUGAUGGGACAAGGUCUAUGCAUGAACAUUGCAUUGAAAUGAGAAACCUUGCGGCUAAACUAAAGAAUUUAGGAAUGAGUGUGGACGAUUCAUUUCUUGUCCAAUUUAUCCUAAAUUCACUACCUCCUCAGUAUGGACCCUUUCAGAUCAAUUAUAAUGCAAUUGAUGAAAGGUGGACAUCUAAUGAAUUGGCUAAUAAACUAGUCCAAGAGGAGGCUAGACUUGGCCGUGAAGGAAUUAAAGUUUCCCAUCAUGUUCAAGGAGCUGGACCUAAAGUUGGGUUUAGGCAUAAAAAGAGCCAUCAAAGAGCACAACCCACAAUGAACGAUUAUGUUCAAGUUAAUCCGAAGAAAAAGGCAAAGAAAGAUUACAGGUGCAACUUUUGUAAAAAGGUUGGACACUUUCAGAAAGAUUGCCCUAAAAGAAGAGAAUGGUUCGAAAGAAAGGGAUUUCUUACGAUCCAGACCAUAAAUUCACGUGAAAACUACUUAUUAAUGGGAAAUUGAGACAAGGCACCAGUUGAAGCUGUUGGCACAUAUCGUCUCAUUUUAGAUGAGGGAUUUUUUCUAGAUUUAUAUCAGACUCUUUAUGUUCCAUCUAUUUCUCGUAAUUUAGUUUCUAUAAGCGAACUUGAUUUGGAUGGUUUUAAAUCUACUCAAGGAGAUGGUUGUUUUAAUAUAUUUCUGAACUCUAAACGAAUUAGUUCUAGAAUAUUAGUUGAUG